AUGGACAAGGAUACUAUGGAAUUUACGUUGCCGCCGGCCCCUCGAGGUCUUUGUUUUGACCGAAAUGAUUUUGUCAAGACUAAUUUUUCUGUGGAUAAUUUUCUUGCGGAUCAUCAAAAUGUGGCCUCUUUAGAAACUAUGCGCGAUGAUCUAGGCGUAUACCUUAAAGUACUAAGGCUGGCUAUGAUAGAGUUAAUUAACAAAGAUUACGCUAACUUCGUUAAUCUAUGUGCAACGUUAAUCGGCUUUGAUAAGGCAAUAGUGAAAAUUCAAGUGCCGUUAGAGCAGUUAAACGAAGAAGUCUUU